UCUCUCCCUCUCUCUCUCUCUCGCUCGCUCUCUCUCUCUGUUAUCAGAUGAGUGUCUGUGCUCACGGUCAGUGUGUGUGUGUGUGUGUGUGUGUUCAGUCAGUAGCAUGGCGUAUCUCAGCUACCUGCUGCUCAGCACCGCUCUCAUCCACACCGCCCAGUCUCUACCUGUAGGGCAUGGAGGGGGGCGUGACCUGGACUUGUCAGUGGGCGGAGUCAGACGCCAGCGCAGAGCCCUGCUGCCCUAUGAGGAGCAAAUGAUGUCAUAUCCUUACAUACAAGGGGGAGGCGGGGACAAUGACCUGUACUACCAAUCAGAUGACUGGAGGGGGAGGGGCUUGAACCAGGCCCUGCAGCGACUGGUGGACAGAGACCAGAGGCGGGAACAGGAAGAGGAGCAGCGAGCAGCCUACCUGGCCGCUCUGCUACGCCUCCUGAAUGAGGCAGAGAGCGUGGGAUUGGUCGGCCCGGAAGACAUGGCGGUUGUCGAGGAGGAGGAGGAUGAGGAGGAUCAGGGGCCCCCUGGGGACUUCCAGGGCCCGGUCCCCGCAGACUAUGAUGAGACAGGGCGGGGUAUGAGCAUGGGGAGGCCCCAGGCUGCAUGGUGGGGCCUCCUGGAGCCCCAGCUGGCUCAGACCUUGAUGGAUAGGAUGGAGCCUCAGCUGGUUCAGACCCUGCUGGAGAGAGCGAGACAGGAGAAACUCCAACAGACAGGACGAGGACUAAACAGAGACCAGGACACUCUGAGACGGAUGGUUGCUAGGAUACUGUCCAGCAUCGGCCCUAACAACGCACCGGUGAACUCCUCAGGUCGCAGAGCGAGGAGAGACCUGUCUGUCACCUCAGUUGAACCCAUUAGCUCCACCCAUAGGAGAACUCGCCGUUCCCUUGACGACCUGACACCUCCAUCACCUAGCAAUGACCCCCCACUCCUCAGGGUGAAGAGGCUGGAGGAGGAGGAGGAGGAGGAGAAUCUCCGUCCCCUCACUGCUGGGCUGCAGAGGAUGAAACGCAUUGAUACCAUGGCAACCGCAGCCGAGGAAGAACUGAAUCAUGGGAUUCGUAGGCGCCGGAGGAGAGCCGCCAUGAAUUAUGACCCCCAAAUAUUGAUCGAUCAGAUUGUGAAUUACAUGAGGGAGUGAGAGGAGAGGAGGAGAGGAGAGGAGGAAAGAGGAGGAGAGGAAGAGAGGGGAGAGGGGAGAGGGGGAGAGGAAAGGAGGAGUAUUGUGUCGUUCUUUAAGUUUCUCAUUUCUGUUUAUGUAAAAAUGUUUUUUGCUGCUUUAGGUCAAAAUAAAUCUUAACCAGUCGUUCGUUGUUAAAGGAGGGGGGGAUAAAUGUGACCUCUGAGUUUUCACGACUGAUAACUCAGAGGUCAUGACCUCUUGUCCGAUUGAUCUGUUAUUUCCUAAACGUUUCCUGUAUGUUUCAUGAAAACAUCUGAGCAAGAGUUGUGACAUCAUCAUGUCAGAGUUGUGACAUCAUCAUGUAGCUGAUGAGACAGCUGCAAACUACGAUUUUAAGAGUGAAACAUAAACAGUCAGAUUUGUUUUCUGUUCACUGGAAAAUUUAAAACAAACUGUGUCAAGAAUUUACUUUUAAUUUAAAGUAAAUUAUCAGAUGAUUUUCCUAAAGGUUUCCAGAAAGAAGCUGAGGUGAUGAAUCAAACUUCAGUCCGUAGUGGAACAUGGUUCACAGAUCAGAUCAGAGAAACAUGUCAAAAUUCAACUGAAAGUUUGAAGAAUAAAGUUUAAAUUAUAAAUUAUGUUUAGUUUGAAAGAAGAAAAACAGCUGUAGAAACAGCUUCAGAUAUGAAACAGUACAGUACCCAUCAGCCUCAGCAGCUGUUGCUAUGGUGAUGAGCUUUAGUAUCCUCCCUGAGCCUCUUUAAAAAUAACACUGUCUGCAGCUUCCAGUUGUAAUUGACCCCGCCCAGAUGUCCAUUCAUCAUCUGUGUGUCUCUGAAAAAGACAGACCGGUGAUGGACAAUGAUGGUAACCAUGGCAACGGCUCAUCAGCUCUUUAAUUGGUUGUUGUGUUCAUGUACUUCAGCUUGUGUGCAACAGCUCUGUCAUGUGAUCACUCUUGUGUCUGCUGUUAAAAUAAAAACUUUUAUCUCAUGAAUAAAGUCAGUGUCACCACAAA